AUAUAACAAACCAUCCUUAUGCUAACGCGUAGCUGCAACCACGAUGAACAAAGUGAUCGAGGGUCCAGAAUUUAAACACAAAAACAUUGUAGUUGGAACUAACCGGUAAAAAAGAGUCAACACUCACUUCCCGCCACCGAGACCGUGACAAAUUAGCGCACAACCGGGCGGGCUGUUUGCGGCACGAAGUACAAACAUUCCGCGCAAUAUGGGACGGGUACAGGCGGGCGGCGGGUCGGCGGCCCAAUCGCUGACGGCCGCAGCGAUGCACCACUUGAGCGAAGAAACCGUAACAACGAACGCGACAACCGCAACCAUUGCGCCAGUGCUACUUGGUACUCUGGUGGCGGCCGCACAUAACGACAGCAGCGACUUCAGUAACGCGCCGCAGGACGACACCACGCCGACGAUCUCGAUGGACAACCUCUACCCGGCUCUCAUACAGUGCUUUGCCAUCAUCAUUUGCGGCUACCUUGCCGGCCGCUUGAACAUCAUCAGCAACUUCGAGGCAAAGGGUCUCAACACGUUCGUCGGCACGUUCGCCCUCCCGUCGGUAAUUUUCUUGUCUCUGGCCGAGCUCGACUGGAGCACCGUGAACUGGAAUUUUCUACUGUCGAUACUGAUCUCGAAAACGAUCGUUUUCGUUUCGGUGGCCAUCAUCUCGCUGCUUGUCGCCCGGCCGGUAAACUAUGGCCGCGCCGGCCUCCUGGCCAUAUUCUGCACCCAGAGUAACGAUUUUGCCAUCGGCUAUCCAAUCGUAUCGGCACUGUACUCGAAGCUACACCCGGAGUACGCAUCCUAUAUCUAUUUACUGGCACCGAUCUCGCUCGCGAUCCUGAACCCGAUCGGAUACGUGUUGAUGGAAAUUUCAAAAAUCAAGGAUAAAAAUGAACUUAACAACUCGACAGAGGUCGAACAGGCGAACCGUCCACCGGCGUCCACGUGUCCGCAGCUUGCCGCCCAAAACCGUCGCAAAAUCCUCAAAGGCAAGGCGUUGGUCGUCUUCAAAACCAUCGAAUCGAUAUUCUUCAAUCCCAUCCUGCUCAUGACGGUUCUCGGUGUUGCCGGUGGUCAAAUUUUCCCAAACGGACUGCCGGUGUACCUUUCGAGCGUUCUCCGUUCGCUUGGCAAUUCCUUCUCCGCGACGGCGCUCUUUCUGCUCGGCCUCCGAAUGGUGGGCAAAGCAUCGACACUACAGGGCCCGGGCCUUAUUCUGCCCGGGAUACUGAUCCUCGUAAAGCUCCUUGUCUUUCCGCUCGUGACGCGCCAAACGGUCAACAUCAUGAACGCGGGCGCCAACUUUAGUGAAACGACCGAUCUGAGCACGUUCGGGUUUCUGUAUGGUACGUUUCCGGCCGCACCCGGUGUGUUUGUCAUAGCUUCGCAGUACAACCGCGAUGUGGACUUGAUUGCCAGCAGCAUGGUAGCAUCGACGUUUAUCAGCGCACCGUUAAUGUUCAUCUCGGCGAAGAUGAUCACCAUAACCAACCUAACGCCCGCCGAUUAUCUGCACGAGUUGGAUAAGUUUUCGUUCGACAUCAGCAUAGUGGCGAUCGUGGCCGGCGUCUGGGUGUUGCUACUGUUCGCGUUGACCCGCAAGGUAAAGCGCAUGCCUCAUCGUGUCACCUGCUGUCUGCUCGUUUCGCAACUCAUCUGCAACGUUGGCGUCAUUCUGUGGUCAACGCUCGAGCAAAACAGCCUGUGGAAGAUGUACGCCCAGUUCUACUUUUUUACCAUCGGCUGCUACAGCAGCCGCCUGUGGACGGCCUUCUUGGCAAUCACGAUCCUCUUUCUGCAGUGCCGCAGCCUUUGCUUUGUGCUCAAAUUGUGGCCCAUUUUUAUUGCCGCUGCCUGGGGUUUACCGACGAUGAUGGUGUCACUGCUAUGCUUUCUCGAUGGGAAAAACAUAACACCGACGGAGAAGCGUAAUCCCAGCUUCCAGUAUGGCAACGCCCAGGCAGCUAUCGCUGUUUUUCUGCUCGUAAUGUGCUUCAUCGUCACGGUGGGCUGCCUUAUACUGCACCAGCGGUUCAAGAAGCGGCACGAGCGGUAUUUGACUCUUUCGCGUGAAGUUUCUUCGCCGGACACCGACACUAGUACGCUCGCUUCCGGUUCGGCUGUGAAUCUUCUGUCGCCAGCGGGCCAUGGAAACAGUACGGUGCAUCGCCGGCGGCGCUCCAUCACGUCGAGUGACGAUGAGAUUCUUCCUGCCAAUGGUGCUAAUAUGGUGGGUUCCUGUAGCGGUGGCGAUGGUGGAGGACCAGCAGCAGGUGGUGGUUGUGGCCAAAAUGGAGUCAACGGGUGUUGUAGCAGCGUAUCGACCGUCAGAACAGUGGUGGACAUUGAAGAUCUGGGGAUUACGAAAAGCGUCAACAACGACAACGACGACGUUGUUGGCUCGUCGGAAGCUCAACCGAGUGGACUCUGUUCGGCGCAGUUCAAUUGUCCAGCGGCGGCAAAGCAGCAGUGUCAGUCACUGAUCGAACGGUACCGCGAACAAGCGAACGACGGAUUGGAACCGCUUGAGUUUGACAAAACGAUCGACCAGCAGCAAAUCCUGCGCCAUAUGGUGCUCUUGAUACUGCUGCUCUGCUCCAUGUUUGUCGGCCUUUCGCUCUCUGUGUGGACACUCAUCAUGGAGGGUAUGUCCGGGAUUUACGUUGAGCUUACGUUUCUCGAUGCGUUUCUCAACUUUGGCCAGAGCAUUAUCGUGCUUGCGGUGUUUAUUACGGACACUGGCGAGCUUCUGCUGCCGCUGAUGAAGUUCUGGCGCAAACUGUGGUACGGUGCCAACUUGCUGCAGCUACCGAUUUGGAACGAACUGAGCAUGGAAACGCGACACGUUUGCGAUCAGUUUACGACGCACCAUCUGGAGCGUUGCCGGAAAGCGAUCGCCAAAGACAUUCGCUGGCGUAUCAAGGUUUAUCGGAGAGUGUUCUACGGUACGGUGUUUGUCGAUUGGCUGCUGGAAGUUGGUUUAGCGAAGGAUCGAACCGAUGCGACGCACUACGCUCGUCGGCUGAUCGAUGGACGGGUGCUGCGGCACAUCAACAAUGUGUACCACUUUCACGAUCGUAACCUACUCUACACGUUCUGUGAACGGCUGUAAGGUGCAUGAUGGUGCGUGAUCACGGUCGGGCCAUGGCCAUGGGCGAACAUCACCAUCCCAAUCCGACAGCCACUAUCGUUUCACGGAAGAGAGCCACACAAAAACGAUUCUCUUCGUUGUCAACCUCUCACCGUGAAAAGAUACCGGAUGGGAAUGUGUUUGCAUGUCAGGUUCAGAAUCGAGGAUCACUGAAGAGUUACCGCUCAAUUGAGCUGAUCGUUCAAAUGUUGAAUGCUCAGCUUAAUUGGCAAAUCGCUGAUUAGUUGUUUCGAUUUUUUAUUUUAAUCAAUAACUGUUUUUAAUGUACAGUAACGAGAGUAGUAAGAUUUCAGUUGUCGCUAGCGUCUCUUCGACGGCAUGUGAUAUAAUGGGAGAAGUCAAGCCAAAAAUAGUGAGAGAAGAUCCGCGGAUUAGUAUACUAUUGUAGAUGGAUAACGACGGUGAAAUAGUAGACCUAAUUGCUAUUGCAACAAAGGCUUACCAGUGGAACCACAACACACCAAACUGGCCGAAGAGCUGAUGUCACAGAAGUAUGAGUAUUAUUAUGUAUGUUAAAGAAUGGUAACCAAUGUUAUAAAAUAACGCAUAAACGCUCAAUGCUCUGCGUAAACUGCACAAAUGCGGCAAAAGUGUAUAGAAUGAAAAGUAGCAGGGUAAAUGUUUGAAUAUUUAUUCUGAUGUAAAUAAAUGGUCCUACGAAGCUAGA